CUUCCCUGUGCUUAUAAACCUCAGCUCUGCGGCUCCUGCACGCUUUGCCCCGUCUCCUCGCCCUGGUCAGCCUUGAGAGGACGUCAGCUCCAGCCCCAGGGUCCUGAUGGCUGCAGCAGAACCACUGACUGAGCUGGAGAUGGCCAUCGAGACAGUAGUCACCACCUUUUUCACCUUCGCGGGGCAGGAGGGCCGGAAGGGCAGCCUCAGCAUCAACGAGUUUAAGGAACUGGCUACUCAGCAGUUGCCUCACCUGCUCAAGGAUGUGGGCUCCCUGGAUGAGAAGAUGAAAAGCUUGGAUGUGAAUCAGGACUCGGAGCUCAAGUUCAAUGAGUACUGGCGACUGAUUGGGGAGCUGGCCAAGGAAAUCAGGAAGGAGAAGGCUCUGGAGAUCCGGAAGAAGUAAAGCCGGCUGGCUGGGAUGGGGGCGGGCAGGGCAGGGCUGGGCAGGGCCGAGCAGAACCCCACUGUCCCCAAAUAAAGCUUCCUCCUUGAAACACAAA